AUGUUCCCGUCAAAACUUCGAGUUCUGCCCCGGGCCAUCAUCCCCGCCCAGUUCUCCCGCCUCUCCUCCACCACAUCCACAUCCACUCCCACUCCCACCACGUCCAGCACGCCCAUAACCUCCGUCCUCAUUGCAAAUCGAGGAGAGAUAGCCCUGCGGGUAGGCCGUACAGCUGGCGCGCUGGGAGUCCGGUGUACCACCAUCUACACUGACCCAGACGCCCAAUCCCAACAUGCGCUUUCGAGCCCCUUCGCUGUGAACCUCGGUUCCGCAAACGCAUACCUUGACGGGGAGCGGAUUAUCAAGGUCGCGAAGGAGCAGUCUUGCGAGGCGCUACAUCCGGGGUACGGGUUUCUGAGCGAGAACUCGGCCUUCGCGAAGAGAUGUGUGGAGGAGGGACUGGUGUUUAUUGGGCCGCCGUGGAAGGCGAUCGAGGCCAUGGGCAACAAGUCGAGGAGCAAAGAGAUUAUGAUUGCUGCCGGGGUGCCGUGUAUACCCGGCUACCAUGGAGGAAACCAAGACCCUGAGUAUUUGUUGCAAGAGGCGACGAAGAUUGGGUUCCCGGUCAUGGUCAAGGCUGUCAAGGGAGGUGGGGGGAAGGGCAUGAGGAUUGCUUUUACCGAGCAGGAGUUCUUGGAUAAAUUGGAGAGUGCGAAGAGCGAGGGACGGAACUCGUUUGGGGAUGACGAGAUGUUGGUUGAGAAAUAUAUCUCGACGCCGAGGCAUAUUGAGGUGCAGGUCUUUGCUGACAAGCAUGGUAACGCUGUUGCGUUGGGGGAGCGGGAUUGCAGUCUCCAACGCCGGCACCAAAAAAUUCUCGAGGAGGCACCAGCCCCGAAUCUGGCUGAGGAGAUCCGUCAAGACCUGUGGGAAAAGGCAAGGGCUGCUGCUUUGGCUGUUGGCUACGAAGGUGCUGGCACGGUGGAGUUCAUUUUCGACAACGACACGAAUGAGUUCUUCUUCAUGGAGAUGAACACCAGACUCCAAGUCGAGCAUCCCGUCACAGAAGUCGUCACAGGAGAGGAUCUAGUUUCCUGGCAGUUUAAAGUUGCUGCCGGCGAGCCCUUGCCCUUGAACCAGGAAACCAUCGCUCAAAGAAUAGCCGAGCGCGGCUGGGCUAUCGAAGCUCGAAUCUAUGCAGAAAACACCAACGAGAAUUUCAUGCCUGAUUCGGGUAAACUGAUCCAUCUCAAAACCCCUCCCAUAUCAGAGAGUGUCCGCAUUGAUGCUGGUUUCAUCGAAGGCGACACUGUAUCAUCGGCUUAUGAUGGCAUGAUUGCGAAGCUCAUCGUGAGCGGCGAGACUCGUGAAGUUGCCAUACGCAAACUCCACGCAGCGUUGCAGGAGUAUGAGGUUGUUGGGCUGAGCACUAAUAUCGAAUUUUUGAAGAAGGUUUGCAGGAGCCCUGCUUUCAUCAAAGGGGAAGUUGAGACUGGGUAUAUCCAGAAAUACAACGAUGAGCUAUUUGCUCCCGAGGAAAAUGAGCCAGAAGUUUUUGCCCAGGCAGCUUUGGGUCUUUUGGCCAAGGAGCUCUCUGUGCCUGGUGUCAGGGCCGGUCCACACGGAGCCGUUAUAGGAUUUGGUGCGAGAAGUCGACGUCAAUUCACAUUCAAUACAUCUCGCGGCGAAGAGAAUGAAUCCACCACUGUCUCAAUCGAGCAAAGAGGUCGAAGCCUAUUCGACGUCGAAGUCACCGGCAGGGGCAAGACUCACUCCUACCCCAGCGUCAUUUGCGAGCCCAAGUCCCCUUCAAUCUCAACAUUCUUCCCCCAUAUCCGCAUCGAAAGCACGAUUAUCACCGACGGUGACAGAAUCACGCUCUUCCAGCACGGCAAGCAAACGCAAAUGACUCUCGCAACGCCCUCCUGGUUUGAGAAAGCGUUGGGGCUAAAGGAUGUGACGAAUAGUGUGCUGGCGCCUAUGCCGUGUAAGGUGUUGAGGAACGAGGUUCGAGAGGGGGAUCGGGUCGAGAAGGGACAGGCUCUGGUUGUGAUCGAGAGCAUGAAGAUGGAGACUGUGAUUCGAUCGCCGCAGAAUGGGAAGGUUGCUAAGCUGGUUCAUGAUGAAGGAGAUAUUUGCAAGGCGGGCACUGUCCUGGUACUUUUCGAAGAGACGCACGCCGAGUGA